GGUCACCUCACGCAGGCGGCCCCUCGGGGCUGCCCCGCCGCGGCCACCUCAGGCGAAGCGCCUGAGGCGGGGAGCGGGGGGGGGGGGGGGGGCGGGCACGGCAGCCCGCCGCCUCCCGUCAGGGCCGCGGCUCCCGGCGCAGCGCGGGCCGAGGGCAGAGACCCGCCGGCCGCUGCACCUCCGGCGCCGGCCAGCUGUCAACCGAAAGCUGACAGCUUUCCAUCAGAUUGGUCUCCAGCCCCAUCUGUAUCCCUUCCCACACAAAGCACUGACCGUAUUUACACAGAGAGACAACAUUCCUGUUCCCAUGUUGCACACAGAGCUGCAUUCAUAAACAGCAAAUGUUGCUAUGAGGAAAGGAGUCAGCAAUGACUGAUGUGGAGCCUGUGGUCACAGAUUUUGCAGCAUCAGGACGGGCAGGCCGCCGGAACGCUUUACCGGAUAUUCUGGGCUCUCCUGCUGGUGCUGGGACUUCAGAUCUGCCACACAAACUGGCUGAGCUCUCCGUUUCAGAAGAUGAAGGAGCAGAGGGUGGAGAAGUGCCAUCAUCCAAAGCCUUGCUGGAAAGUCAAGAGGCAGAAGGAAAAAGCACUGAUUCCUAACACCUAAGGACUGCUGGAUUAAUGCAACCCAUCGACAGACUUUCCAGUUUCCCUGUGUCACCCCUUCUGAAGUGUGGUAGCAACUUUAGCAGCAAAGACAAGAUUUUGCAACACACUUGUACCUAGAUGACAUUAACGUGGAACUACUGUUUUUUCUACUGUCGUCCUUCAAAACCAAUGUUCUACACAUCCAAAAGGGAAGAGAACUAAAGAAUGUAUCUGGUUUUGGGUUUUCCCAUGGUUAUAGUAUUCAUCCUAACUAAUCUUCUUUGACAGUUUCAAUUAAUAUACCUAGCAGAUGUAUCACCAACUAAUGAUUGCUUCAAAAUAAAAAUCCUGUUUCUUAAUUUCCCAAAAUAGCUUCUUUCUCUGUGACAGAAAGGUGUAUUCACUCUCCCCACCUUAAGAUGAUAUUAAGUAUAUAUUAGAUUACAGACAUUAUCUGUAUUUAUCUCCUGAGAUUUUUGUUCUCAUUAGGCAUAUGUAGAUGGGUGUGAGAAAUAAAAAAAGAAACAAUUUUUUUCUCUCCCCCUCCUGUCUUCAAAAGGUUUUGUAAACUACUUAAACACCAGUGUUUGUUUUCAAACUCUCUUUAAACUCUAUUUGAUUAUGGCAAAUCAUCUCAGUUCUCCCACUCUUAGCAGUCUUGCCACUUCUGUCAUUUUUGUUUUCAGGCUGAAUAUUGUAGCUGUUCAUGUGUAUCUAAAAUAAAGUAGCCAUGUUUGUAAGUGAUUAAAAUUGUUUAAUCUCACUGUGGAAAUUAAAUAGCUAUCGUCUUUUC